UCGUGCCAGACAUUGCUCUCAGAGCCCCGCUCUAGCGUUGUGCUAGCAGCCACCAGCAUUAAGAUUAUGCGCAUAUAAGCCAUGACGAAGCGGUUUAUCAACAGUUACGAAAGAACUUCCGCUCAGUGUGGUUGGGUCUAUAAAAUUUUUCGUGAGGGAUUACUGAGGAGUGCGCAUCCUCAAAACGCUUGGGAGUGAUGAACAGACCGGUGCAAGUGUUACUCCUGAUCGUGAGCUUCACACUCGAUCCUGCUGCGUCUGUUCCAGCGGAAGUUACUGAAGAUCAUAGUGCUCCGUGCUGGAUUCGGUUCGGUGAACAGGCCACCGGCGAAGGUGUCUACAACAGAACGUUCAACGAUGUGCCGUACUGUGCGUUCUUGGGGAUACGCUACGCCAAGCCUCCCGUAGGAGAGCUAAGGUUUGCCAACCCAGUCCGGCAAGAUCCCGAGGGCCAUCAAAACUACACAGCGUACGGGAGUGUUUGUCCACAGUUUAAAAACAUCAACAGACAGGAUGGCGUAGUGGGCAGUGAAGAUUGUCUCUAUUUGAACGUCUUUUCGCCGGUACAGGCGGUGAGCACUGAGCCUGACGCGCAUCCCGCUAAGUAUCCAGUGUUGGUGUUUGUACAUGGGGGAAGCUUUGUUGCUGGAUCGGGAGAAGUUCACGGAGUGGACCUACUGAUGGAAAAUGAGGUGAUCGUCAUCACCCUCAACUAUCGACUAGGUGUGUUUGGAUUCCUGAAGUACGAUCGGCAAAACAUUACCGGCAACUAUGGGUUGAAAGAUCAACUUGCUGCUCUACAGUGGGUUCGCCGUAAUGUGCACCACUUUGGUGGUGAUCCUGAUCGCGUAACGCUUAUGGGUCAUAGUGCCGGAGGUGCUUCAGUAACCCAUCAACUGUACCACGAACAGGCACGAGGUCUGUUCCACAGUUUGAUCGUGCUGAGCGGUUCCAUGCUGGCACCGUGGGCCAUUCUUUACGAUUACAGUCGAUGUCUGGAUAAUUACAUACACGACCUAGAUGCCACCACACUGGACGAGCUUCGUGAACUUGAGUUCCAAAGAUUCUUCAUCCCGGAUCGAAAACUUCGACACACAUUCGCCUUUUCCAGCAUGUUUUACGUGUGCUUCAUUCCAACUCUGGAUAAUGGUACCGCCGAAGAAGGUGCCUACUUUCCCAGCCCACCUCACGAGAUGGUACAACUGCAUCCCGCUCCACCUCAAAUGCCGAUACUUAUCAGUGAGACAACGACCGAGUUUGAGCUGCUUCUGCCACAUGUGUUCGAUUUUUGGAUGAGCACAAACUAUCUAAACAGGCAUGAUCCAAUGUUAAGAAGACAGAUUGGUGACAUCCUGGAUAACGUUGGCAAAUGGGCGGUGGCACAAGGGCUUGAACCGACGAAGCAACAGUUCUACCAGAAGAUGGCAAAUAUGGCGAAUAUUUUCUAUCCGAUUCGACGAUUGCUGAACGAGCUAGGAAGGCGGAUGGAUGCGGAUCAGCUGUACUAUUUGCGCUUUGAGUUUGAUGGGAAGUUUGGCGAGUACAAGAAAAAGAUUUACGCAAAGUACGUGGCGGCGGGCAGGUAUGGUGCGCUGCAUGGCGAUGAGUUGGGAUACAUAUUUAGUCCGUACAAUCUGCGGGAGGCGUUAGCAAACCGGACAGAGUAUCGGAAGGAGCUAUCAAUCCACAUAAGGACGGUGGAGUUGAUUGCCAACUUUGUGAAAUAUGGAAAUCCAACUCCAAAACGAAGCAAAUUGUCUGAUAUUGUCUGGACACCGUACAGAGAAGCGGAUAACCAUACCAAUUAUCUGAACUUAGACGAGGAGUUUACGAUGCGCCAAACCGAUGAGCAGCGUAAUCUCUACACCCUCAUCUGGCACAUUGUGUACGAAUGCUUAUACCACUCGCACUGUGAGACCGUCUCCAAGUUGGAACUCCUGGCGGAGCAAUACGGUGGGAUGAUAGUGGAGCGAAAUAAUGAUGACUACUUCGAGAGUCUGAAUGAAGACAUCAAAAAUAAUAUGACUUAGGUGGAAUAGGUGUCCUGUCAGCACUAUACUCAUUGCAAUUCAGUGGCAAGGAACGAGUUAAAGAUGAACUCCUCGCCCACAGACCUGUACAUCGUAAGCCGAUAAACAUUAUCUAUUUAUUACUUUAGAAAAUUGUAGCUCUUGUGUUUGGGCGACCAACUUCUUUGACUCGUUCCGUUCCCAAAGGGAACACGCUGAUAAGAGUGUAUUCUUCCUUCCAUUAUCAGCCCUAUCGCUGGAAAUACAUUUCUCCAUCAUCUUCUAGCACGGCCAUAGCCAAAAA